CCUUGUCAAAGCUGGACGGAGUAUAAGAUGUCGGGGGCUAAAUUGAUCUAUUUUAACGGUAGAGGAAGAGCUGAAAUCAUCAGGCUUGUUCUAGGAUACCUGGAAAUUGAGUAUGAAGAAGAAUAUUUGACAGAAAAAUCUCAAAUAGAGAAACUGAGAGCAGAUGGUAAACUAUUGUUCCAGCAAGUACCUGUAUUGGAAAUUGAUGGUAGAAUUUGGUGUCAAGGUGGAGCUAUUGUCAGAUAUCUGGCUCGUAAAGGUCGUAUCUAUGGUAACAAUGAUCUUGAUGCAUCAAGAAUAGAUGAACUGUACGAUGGAUCUCGAGAUUUCUGGAUCGCGUUUGCUGCUAUAGGAUUUCAGGAUGAAGCUCAAGCACUACAAACUUCUCUUAUCUCUAAGACAAUGCCCAGAUAUUUACCUAUUUUCAAUAAGAUAUUAGAAGAUAACGGCUCUGGAUAUUUAUAUGGUAAGAGUGUUACAUUAGCUGAUCUGGGACUACUAGAAGCGUUGUUAAUGGUCCAUGAAUAUUUUGGUACCAGUUCUAUGGAAGCGUUCCCAGCUGUCCAGAAAUUUUACAAUUUGAUGACGGAGGACAGUAAAAUAGCAGCGUUUUUAAAGAGUCCACAUAGAAAAGGGAAGAAUGACGAUGUUUAUGUGUCGACUGUUAUGAAAGUUCUUACUUAAUGAUGCUGUAUUGUCAAUGAUUUCUACUGUCUGACUAUUAGUCGGAAACAUCUGCCACUAACCCAGCCUCUGGUAGCUAUUUUGUCGUCCGCUGAAAACUGUCCAAAUAUC